CUGCAUACAACAAUGAACAAAUGAAAAUUCCUUUUGGGUUUCGGGUCAAUAAUUUAAAUGACAGAAAAAAAAUAUUUUUGAAAUACUUUGUGAAAAUAUAGAUAAAAUGUUACCCUGCUCAAUAAUCAGGGGACAAGGGUUCGAUCCAGGGAAGUUCCACGGGAUUUUCGUGGCUGGUCUGGUUUACAGUUGUCAGUAGUGUAGGCAGAAGUUCCUGGGGAACGACUUCUCGUCUUUCGGACUGGACGAAAACAAACAAGGUCGCAUGUACACGUUAGGGUGCUCGUAAAACAAACUGUUGACAGGUAGAAUUCAAUGACGAGGCCUAAACGCCGUUAUGCUCGCAAAAUGUCGUUCCGAACACUUCAUGUCCAUUGCGCAUACCUUCUUCAUUAGCUUGGUUAUAGCAGAAAAGUAUAACAGUAAUCCUAAAUCGGUAAUCGACACACGUAUACCUUUUUUUGUUUAAUGGUCAAUUAAUUAGAUUGCAUGUGAAAUCUGUCAAUCCUUUGUCUGAGAUGGGACACAGACAAUUUUAAUAUAGUCAUUGUAGUAAAUAGUACUGGACACUCAUGCAAUAAGUUGGCCAACGAUUGAAUUCUAAGUUUAGGAUUUUCUUAUAUAUAUGACAUUACAUAUGUAACAGGAUGGGGUGUUGUCGAUUUGCACUCGAGCGGUGGGUGCAUGACUCAUUGAAGAUCCAGUAUUGUGCGUACUGCACUUGAAGUUUAAUGUAAUAUAGAGCCGAUAAUAUAAGCCAUUUCUAUAUAUAGGCAAAAAUAAGUUUUGUUAAGCCAGAUAGUGAUGAUAAGAGAUGUUUAUUGGGUAUAAACAUACAUGUUGAACAACUUCAUCUGAUUUACUAAUUUACUGGUGAAGAAUCCUAGUUACAGUGCUUCUCGUCAAUAUGUCUCAUUCCAAUAGCUGUGAAACUAAUUCCUCGACCAGAAUGGCCAAUGGGCGAACAAAUGGUCAGCCCUGUCCAGAGGGGGCUAUGUGUUCAAAUAACGAGUCCGAGAUACUCUAUAAAGAAAUUGAUUCCUUGACAAUUUCACAGACCGGAGCAUGUUGUAAUACCGAAGCGUCCGAAAUCUUGGUAGAAGCGGACGAAGAAUCAGAUGAGCCAGAUUCCUCUGCUGAACCUAAAGCUAGAAGGAAAUACUGUUUAUUUGAACUAACGACCCUUAAUACAAACAAACACAUCAUAAGUAAGAUAAAGUGUGAAAACUUCAGAAAAUAUUUUAGAAAAGAUGAUGAAGUAAUAUCUGUAAACAGUACAAUCAGCUUCUCACACACUGAACUAGUGAAGCACUUUAACAGAGAGAUUGAAGAUUUUUAUAAAGAACAAUCAACAUUGGUUAUAGAAGUAAAGAGAGUGGAGAGCGGAAUCACCGAGUUCAUAACUUUCACCAGUCAAGCCACACAGUAUGAAGAAGAUUGCCCAAAAUGGUCAAAAAUACUUAACAUUUUGAAGUUUUUUAUCACGGAACGUUCAUUUGAAUAUAAUAAAAAAAUACCAGCCAGAAUUAUACGACUUUGUUGCUAUAGUCAUCUAAAGUAUUUGAAAUACGAUGGAAAGGCGAUUAGCAUGGAUGAAAUUGACGGCGAAAAGAACCGUUUUUUCAAGUUCUUAUAUACAGAAUACCAGGUGGGCCCUGUAGAUGAAAAAUAUCAAUAUAUGGGCUGUAUCCAGGAUGUAUCACAUAAAACCUUUCUACGCCAAUGUAGGGGUAAUAAAAGUAUUCAAUUUGAAUCGAUGCAGCCAAUUGAGGAUGCAGCAGAAAGAGUCAAAGUUGAUGAACGGUUCUUUUUUCGCACCGAGUCCAAAGAAGCUAAUGAUAUCAACUAUUUCCAGUCAGUAAAGAGAAAAAAUCAUUACCUUGCCUACAAUGCGGUGGAUGGCCUGUACUUGAAGAACUGGACAGCACAAAACAGAUCUGGAGAAUUUGAAUUUGCAUUGAUUUAUAUAGAUUCUUAAUACGUUUAAGUACCGUAUAUAGAACAUUAACGAGAUCUGUAAUUUUAUAUGUACAGGUCAUACAUAAUUACUGCUGCUACAAAGCAGUAAUAGCCAUGCUUAAUUGAUAGACGAUAAACUCAAUUACAUAAUACAGGUAUGCCAUACCGAACAAAUAUCUAGUAACUUUGACUACAAAGCGUAUAUUGAUUUGUUCAUACGAUAUGUUAUGUGUAUAUAAAAUAAGACCCUUAAAAUCAGAGAAAAGGUGUGGGAAGCAGACUGGCUGUGAUAUCGACGUGAAGACAUCUACCUAUGAAGUUGGCCUUUUAGCCCAGUCUAGUAGUCUACACCGUACGAGUAUUGUAUGGCUGUGUACCGUAUAAUAAUUUGUAUAUAUGUUCCUGACAACAAACCUAUUAUACUCGAAGUGUAUUAUAUUUAAAUGUGUAUAGAAGUACCAUAUAUAUUAAGAACUUA